AUGCGGCCGCCACCGGAGGGGAGAGGAGGAAACCGAGCACCGGGAGCGGAAGGUGACGGCGGGGAUCGAACCCGCGACCCGGCGCCCCCCGCCCGCCUUAUACCCGCCCGCGGCGGAAGCGCGGUCCCAUUGGCUGAGGCGCCCGAAGGACACGCCCCCUCUGCGCCGGGACACGCCCACCCCGCCGCCGUGGCGGCGCUGCUGGAGGAGAAGGGCAGCCUGGCCGAGGAGAACCGGGCGCUGCGGGAGGAGAAGGCGCAGCUGGAGGCCGACGCCGCCGGUGCCGCCGCCAAGAAGCUGCUGCUGCUGCAGACGCAGGUGGAGCAACUGCAGGAGGAGAAUUAUCGGCUGGAGAGCGGGAAGGAGGAGCUGCGUGUGCGCUGCAGCCAGCUGGAGCAGGAGGCACGGGGGCUGCAGGCGCGGGCGGAGGAGCUGAGCGACCUGGCCGGGGAGGCCCGAGCCCUGCGGGACGAGAUGGACGUGCUGAGGGCGUCGUCGGCGCGCGCGGGGCGGCUGGAGGCGGCGGUGGCGACGUACCGGGGCCGUGCGGCGGCGGCGGGGGAGCUGCGGCGCUGGGUGCGGGCGCUGGAGGAGCGACACGCCGCCCAGCUGCGCCGGGCACAGCAGCUGCAGACACAGCUGGGGCGGGCACAG